AUGUUGUUGAUCAGAGUACUGGCCGUCUUCCUCGUCCUCAUCACCAACACGUGGCUGCUCAGCCCGGUUCGCUCCGAUGCGCUCCGCCGAUACAAACGCGCCAUGGCCCGGCGGGCGGACCGCGAGCUCUCCAGGCUGGCAGGUGAACCCUGCACCGUCUCCGGCGCCUGGAGGUCCCGGUGGCAGCCGCGCUCCCUCUCCCCGUCCCAACACCGCCCUCAAGUGGCCCGUCCGAGGACGCGCACGACCCGGAGAGAGCUGUACACUGGCGAGAGCGCUCCAGCGGUUUGUGCGGGAGAGUGCAGGCUCGACGCCGGGCUGCGCCGGGUCGCUCCGGCGGGGGAGGAGAGGCGAGAUGCGGAGGCUGUGGCGGUGGGAGCGGGGGGCGGGUAUGCGACGUUGCCCCCGCAGGUCUUGGAGAAACGCUCCGCUGACGACAAGAGAGGGUCAAAUUAUGUCCGUGAACGCACCACUCAGAAACCCGGGGUGUCUUUGCCCGACGACGCCGGGCAGGCCGUCUCCUCCUCCGCACGCGCCUCCCGCUCCAGGUUCACCCGCAGCCUCGGCGGGACGUUUCCUUACGAGGACGACGGCAACUCCAGCUCGGAGAAAGUUCCCCCCAACAGCUCGACCGACACCACGGGGCUCCAGGUCCUCUACAGGCUGCAGCAAGGGGAUGGAGACCAGCUGUCCUCGACUACCGGGACCCCGGAGGACAGUACCGAGGACUACUCCGGGGACUUGGAGGAGGCGGAUCCGCCCGCGAGCCUGCCCGUCGGCAGCUUCUCUCCCUGGGUGAGUCGCGUACCCAGGGUGCCCCCUUCCUGGAUGACCACCCUGUACUUCGGCGGGCGUCGGGAGCAGCUGAAGGUGAAGUCGGCGGCGGGGGUGGAGCUGCCGAGGGCCAAGUUCAGCCUGGAGCUGUGGGUGAAGCCCGAGGGAGGGCAGAGCAACCCUGCCAUCAUCGCAGGUGUGUUUGACAACUGUUCCCAUUCGCUGAGCGAGAAGGGCUGGUCGGUAGGCAUCCGCACCGCGGAGCCCGCCGGCGCCAAAGACGCACGCUUCUACUUCACGCUCCGCACAGACCGAGCCGUGAAAUCCACCACCGUCUACAGCCACCAGCGGUACCGAGCCAACGCCUGGACUCACCUGAUGGCCACUUACAACGGCCACAACAUGAGCCUGUAUGUCGACGGCGCUAAGGUGGGAGAGAGCAGUCUCCAGGCGGGGAAUCUCUACAGUCCCUUCAUGAAGACGUGCAGAUCCCUCUUCCUCGGCAGUAACCAAUCGGAUCAGGGCCACAGCUUCAGGGGCCACAUAGGGGGCGUGGUCUUGUGGGGCUACGCCCGCUCUCACGGGGAGCUGCUGCAGCGGCAUCUUUCAAAUGACAAAAAAGGCGAGCCACUCUUGGCGAUGUGGGCCGACUUCACUAAGGUGAAGGAGCUAUGGACUCCUUACAAAGUUGGCCUGCAUCCGACCGUCAUCACCACUCCCGUCCCCGAACAAGAACUUGUGUCCUCGUUCCUGCCGCCACCCUGCGGCCUGACACCCUGCGACAACACCGACAUCAUCUUCGGCUACAACAACAACUGGCAGCUCCGUGCCGCCAAGCAAGUUCGCUACCGGGUCGUCAACCUCUCCGAAGAUGACGGUGGGAACCCCACCGUGUCCGAGGAUCAGAUCCAGCUCCAGCACUGGGCUCUAACCGAGGCCUUUCGCCCCUACAACAUCACGCUGCAUCUGAGCGUGCACACUGCCAGAAACUCCAGCUUCCGACAGCGGUUCAUCCUCAGCAACUGUCGAAUUGGGAAGAUCGGAAACCGCCAAUGUGACCCCGAGUGCGACCACCCGAGGACAGGCCACGACGGCGGGGACUGCCUUAGACUGGGGCCCUGCUACAACUGGAAGAGGCAGGAUGGAGUUUGUAACAUGGAGUGCAACAGCAUACACUAUGAUUACGAUGAUGGAGACUGCUGUGACCCGGAGGUCACCGACGUCUACAAGACCUGCUUCGAUCCUGAGUCCCCUGAAAGGGCCUAUAUGAGUGUGAAAGAGCUAAAGGAGGAGCUGCACCUGAGCGGCACCGACACGCUCAACGUUUUCUUUGCCAGCAACUCGGUGCGAGAAGAGCUGGCAGGAGCUGCAACCUGGCCAUGGGCGAAGGAGGCUCUUACCCACCAAGGUGGGAUGGUGCUUAACCCGUCGUACUUUGGCACCCUGGGCCACCAGAACACCAUGAUCCAUGAGAUGGGCCACAUCCUUGGACUGUACCAUGUCUUCAAGGGCGUGAGCGAGCGGGACUCCUGUGAUGACCCAUGUCAGGAGACCACCGCAUCCAUGGAGACAGGAGAUCUGUGUGCUGACACCGCACCGACACCCAAAUCCAAAGCAUGCAAAGACCCCGGUGCGGUCAAUGACAGCUGUGGACUCACCAUGUACCACGGCACCCCUUAUAGCAAUUACAUGAGUUACACAGAUGACAACUGCACCAAUCAUUUCACACCCAACCAAGUGGCCCGGAUGCACUGUUAUCUGGACUUGGUCUACCAGAACUGGCUGACGGAGCUGCAACCUGCCCCCAUCCCUCUGGCCCCCAUAGUGACGGACCAGAGUCCGGAUUCUGUCUCUAUCUAUUGGCUGCCACCUAUAAGGGGACCACUUUAUCAGAGCUCCUCCUUCCCAGUGUCUGGUGUCAACUGUGCAGACUGUGAGACGGAUGGCGUCUUCCACCAGUACGCCUCCGAGGCCACCUCGCCGCGCAUCUGUGACACGUCGGGCUACUGGACACCCGAGGAGGCAGUCGGCCCGCCUGACGUGGAGCAGCCCUGCGAUCCCAGCCUCCAGGCCUGGAGUCCCGAGCUCAGCCUUUAUGACACCAACUUGACCUCGCCGUGUCCCGACACGGAGGGCUGCACGCUCACACUGAGGUUCCUCCACCCUAUCGUUCCACACACACUCACCCUCUGGGUCACCUACGUCUCUUCCAACAACCCGGCCGUGGCCAACGUGGAGCUGAUCACGGACGCGGGGAAAAGCGUCAGCCUGGGACCCCAGCACGUCUUCUGUGACAUGCCCUUCACGCUGCGCCUGGACACCCGCGGUGCCGCCAUCGCCGCCAUCAAACUGUGCACCUUCGACGAGAAGAUGGAGGUCGACGCCGCCAUGUUGUCCUCGGCCCCCGGCAGCGCCCAGUGCUCCGGCUGCCACCCUCUGCUGUACGGGAUUCGCCGGCAGCCGCCUUUCGCCGGCGAACCCCCCCCGCCUCAGAGCCAGCAGACGUUCACUGACAGCUCUGUAAGGCAGGGGGUCAAGUACCAGUACACGAUCCAAGUGGAAGCAGACGGUCUCCUCAGCGAUCUCUCCUCACCUCUCCUCUACACCCACGGGCAGUCCUACUGCGGAGACGGCCUCACACAGGGGACAGAAGAGUGUGACGACAGCAAUCUGUUGGACGGCGACGGCUGUUCCAAGAAAUGCCAAAAGGAGACGAGCUUCAACUGCAACGGCGAGCCGAGCCGCUGUUACGUCUUCGACGGCGACGGCGUGUGCGAGGAGUUCGAGCGGGGCUCCAGCGUCCGGGACUGCGGCUACUUCACACCUUUGGGCUACACGGACCAGUGGGCUUCCGCCGCCACCGCUUCUCACCAGGACCCCGACCGCUGUCCCGCCCACGCCGCCACCGGGGAGCCGUCACUCACCAAGCUCUGCAGGUACCAGCACCUGGAAAGGAAGAAACUGCCCACAGACGCCUGGUUCCCCUGCACAGCCCAGUCCGACACAAAUGACCUGGAACAUUCAUUUUGGCUGAAGGUGGGAUUUGUCCAUCCCGGAGUGGCAGCUUCUGUGAUGGUGUACCUGGCUUCAGAUGGGUUGUGGUCCGGGGAGCAGUGUCGGAGGACGGCCACCAUCCUCCUGUCCGAUACUACUGGGAAGAACCACUCACUCGGCACACAUGACCUCUCAUGCCAUCGGAACCCAUUGGUGGUGAACGUGACCCAUGACCUCUCUCGACCCUUCUUCAUCACGGCCUCGGUUAUUCUCCUCUUCUCCUCCCCCUCUGUGGCAGUGGGAGGCGUGGCCCUGAGGACGUCCUGCCACUUCAGCUCCUUCGCCCUGACCGGCUGUUUGCGGGAGCCGUGCCAGCUGGACAGCUGCGGACCCCCCCAGCUAGAGCACGCCUCGGUCAGGUGCACGGGAGGAGGGAAGUCCUCGCACUGCUCUGUCCAGUGUCACCGCGGUUUCAGCGCCACUGUCCUCGACAGCAAGGGAACCCGACCCCACCAGAGAGAAUCGCAGCUGAAGUGCUUCCGCGGUUCGUGGGAUCGCGUCGUCAGCUGUCAGCCUGUCGACUGCGGCCUGCCCGAUCAGUCUCACGUCUACCACGCCAUAUUCAGCUGCCCCUGGGGGACCACCUUUGGGAAACAGUGCUCCUUCACCUGUGGAUCACCAUCCAUACUACAAGGUGACAGCGACAGGUUGGUGUGUCUGGAGGACGGCCUGUGGUCUUUCCCAGAAGCCUACUGCAAGAUCGAGUGUCCCGAGGUUCCGGACAUACCCGCCGCCAAGCUGCUGACGGUGGACUGCGUGGCCUCGGGGCACGACGUCGGCUCCGUGUGCCGUUAUAAAUGCAACCCAGGCUUCUACGUGAUUGGGAGCCUCAAGAAGAAGACGCCACGGAAGUACUUCAAGUUGGAGUGCCUGGAAGGGGGGCAGUGGGAGGAAACUAACUGUGAGCCCAUAUCCUGCCCGGCCCCACCUGAUGUAUUCCAGGGCAUGUACACCUGCACCAACGGCCUGUACUACGACACCCUCUGCACCCUGCAGUGCCCAGAUGCCACAAAAGAUAGGGAGAUCCGCUGCACUAAGGAGGGGGACUGGACCGCCGAGUUCACCAUGUGCUCCAAGCUCCACGGAUCGUGCUCUCCUCCUGCUGAUCUCAACUCUGUAGAGUACAGCUGCGACCAGGGGAUGGAUGUUGGUGCUGUUUGCUACCCAACAUGCAUUGCGGCUGUAGACAUGGAUCUGUGUGACCCGGUGGUUCUGCCCAAUGGCAGUACAGUUGGCUCUUUACAGCACUGGAUGCUGCCCACCAAAGUCCAGAGCAUAGUCUGCACAGGGAUGAUGAAGUGGUACCCUGACCCUCAAUACAUCCAUUGCAUCCAGUCCUGUGAGCCUUUUGGAGGGGACGGCUGGUGUGACACCAUCAACAACCGGGCCUACUGCCAGUAUGAUGGAGGGGACUGCUGCCCGUCCACACUCUCCACCAAAAAGGUCAUUCAGUUCGGGGCGGACUGCAACCAGGACGAGUGCACUUGCCGUGAUCCGGACGCCGAGGAGAAUAAGAGGAGCGCCAAGGACUCUGGAGGAGGAGGAGGAGGAGGAGGA